AUGACGUCCCAAGAAUAUGAACCUAUUCAAUGGAGCGAGGAAUUCCAAACAGACGAUAAUACCUCCAACCAUGAAUAUGGAGACGUCAAUACUACUACCCCUGAGCCGUUUCAUAGAACAGCUAUGCAGCAAGACUCAACAUCCUGGAGCCUAAUCAGAACAUUGAGGAAAUAUGCGAAGUUUAUCGGUCCUGGUUUGAUGGUGUCUGUAUCGUACAUGGAUCCUGGUAACUAUAGUACGGCUGUGGCAGCAGGUUCUGCUCAUCGGUACAAGCUUUUAUUUUCCGUCUUAGUUUCUAAUUUCAUGGCUGCAUUUUGGCAAUACCUUUGUGCCAGAUUGGGUGCUGUCACGGGCCUGGAUCUAGCACAAAAUUGUAAAAAACAUUUGCCCUUUGGGCUUAAUAUUACUCUUUACAUCCUGGCAGAGAUGGCUAUCAUUGCCACAGACCUCGCAGAAGUAGUAGGAACCGCUAUUUCGUUGAAUAUCCUCUUCCAUAUACCACUCGCCUUAGGCGUAAUUCUUACCGUGGUAGACGUUUUGAUUGUGCUGCUUGCUUACAAACCUAACGGAUCCAUGAAAGGUAUCAGAAUAUUUGAAGCUUUUGUUUCUUUGUUGGUGGUUCUUACCGUAGUUUGCUUUACUGUGGAAUUGUUUUACGCCAAAUUAGGGCCUGCCAAAGAAAUUUUCUCUGGGUUUCUACCCAGUAAAGCUGUUUUUGAAGGUGACGGUCUAUAUUUGAGCCUGGCAAUUCUAGGUGCCACGGUGAUGCCUCAUUCAUUAUAUUUGGGGUCAGGUGUGGUUCAACCAAGAUUAAGAGAGUAUGAUAUCAAAAACGGACACUACCUACCAGACGCGAACGAUAUGGAUAACAAUCACGGUAAUUACAGGCCAUCUUAUGAGGCUAUCAGCGAAACUUUGCAUUUUACUAUAACAGAAUUGCUGAUCUCACUGUUCACAGUGGCAUUAUUUGUCAACUGUGCUAUCCUUAUCGUAUCUGGUGCUACACUAUACGGUUCUACUCAAAAUUCUGAGGAAGCUGACUUAUUUUCUAUUUACAACCUACUCUGUAGCACUCUUUCCAAGGGGGCGGGAACGGUAUUCGUGCUGGCAUUGUUGUUUUCAGGACAAAGUGCAGGUAUUGUAUGUACGUUGAGUGGACAGAUGGUUAGUGAAGGGUUUUUAAAUUGGACUGUUUCUCCGGCAUUGAGAAGGUCCGCCACAAGGGCGGUAGCUAUCACGCCUUGUUUGAUUUUAGUGCUUGUAGCUGGACGUAGUGGGCUCUCCGGUGCCCUAAAUGCCUCUCAAGUGGUGCUUUCUCUCUUGCUGCCCUUUGUUUCUGCACCUUUACUUUACUUCACAUCAAGCAAGAAAAUCAUGCGUGUACAACUCAACCGCAGCAAAGAACUUUCAAGAACUACGGACAAAAAAUACGUGGGCGAUCGAAACGAAGACGAUGAAACCAUUGAGCUGGAAGAAAUGGGCAUUGGCAGCAGCUCACAGGAGCGCGGCCUAGUUUCUCCUGCUCCAGAAUACAAAGACAUGAGCAAUGGCAUAAUCGUCACCGUACUCGCGGUCAUAGUGUGGCUGAUAAUUUCGGGACUGAACUUCUACAUGUUACUGGGCUUUACCACGGGCAAAGAAGUACAUCUCUAG